AUGACAGCUCAUUCACUGGACACCAAAGGUGCGGACCAUGUCACAGCGGACCAGGUCGAGGCCGCCAUGAAGGAGCUUUCAACAGAAGAAGGAGGCGCCGCAUUUACUGCUAAACAGCAGAGAAGAAUCGUCCGAAGGAUCGACUUGCGCCUCGCAGUGACGCUCGGAUGUCUCUACUGUAUCAGCCUGCUUGACAGAACUAAUUUGGGAGCCGCGUCGGUGGCAGGGAUGCAGAAGAGUCUGAACAUGAACAAAGACAACAACGCCUAUACAAUUGUGUCGCUUGUCUUCUUCAUUUCGUACACGAUUUUCCAGGCGCCCGCAGUCGUCUUUAUCCGCAAACUCGGACCUCGCAACUUCCUUGCUGCCAUCGUCCUCGCUUGGGGAGCCGUCAUGAUCGGAUUCGGCUUCGUACCGAGCUGGGAGGUCAUGUGCGUCCUUCGAGUCAUACUCGGCGCACUUGAAGCGGGGUUCUAUCCGGGAUGUGUCUAUCUCCUCAGCACGUGGUACCCUCGUUUCGAUCUGCAAAAGCGCAAUGCCCUUUUCUAUUUGAUUGGUAGUAUGGCAUCAGGGUUUGGUGGAAUUUUAGCAUACGGGCUCAUGCAAAUGGACGGACUUUCGGGCCUCUCAGGUUGGCGUUGGAUAUUCAUCAUGGAGGGCGUCUUGACAUGUGUGCUCGCAGUGGGUGCUUGGUUCAUCAUUGUUGACUUCCCAGAGGAUUCGCCGAAAUCCUGGCACUUCCUCAACGAGGCCGAAGCGAGUUGGGUUGUUGCACGCAUCGAAAAAGAUCGCUCAGACACCUUCCCUGACGAGUUCUCCGUCGGCAAAUACCUCCGGAACGCGUUGGACAGCAAGGUCUGGGCAUUUGCCUGGCUCUAUAUGCUGACGACAACCAAUUCGUACGCCAUCGCCUACUUCCUGCCGAUCAUCCUCCGCAGUGGAAUGAACUUCUCCGUGGCAGCCGCCCAGUGUCUCACGGCACCUCCUUAUGUGGCCGCGGCCAUUGUCAUGUUCAUCGAGUCUUACUAUGCCGACAAGUGGCGGGUGCGUGGACCGGUGGUUGUCGGAAAUGCGCUUAUGGGCAUUCUCGGUCUGGGCUUAUUGGGAUACGUUCAGAACAACGGUGUCCGGUAUUUCGGAGUCUUCCUGGCAACCACAGCAUGUAAUGCGAACUGUCCAGCCUUGAUCACCUACCAGGGGAACAACGUCCGCGGUCAAUGGAAAAGAGCAUUGACAUCUGCCACUCUUGUCGGCGGCGGCAGUAUCGGCGGCAUCAUUGGCACAACAGUCUUUCGAGCUCAAGACGCCCCCAACUAUCGCCCAGGUAUCUUGACUUGUCUGCUCGCCAAUGUGUUGAUCGUGUUGAUCGUGGCCGCCUUGAGUUUCAAGUUUCACCGGGCCAACAAGAGGGUGGACAGUGGUGGGAAGCCGAUCGAAGGGCUGGAAGGGUUCAAAUAUACCCUGUAG